AUGGAAUUUUCCAGGUCAAGAGAAGGAAUUUUCGUGAAUCAACGAAAAUAUGUACUUAAUGAGACAGGACUACUCGGGUGUAAAGCUGUUGACACUCCAAUUGAAGUCAACCUGAAGUUAGAAGCUACCGAACCCGUGAAUAUGGUUGAUCGUGAAAGAUAUCAGAGAUUGGUGGGAAGACUAAUUUACUUAUCUCACACACACCCAGAUAUAGCAUUUGCAGUCAGUAUGAGGAUUCUGAGGUACUUAAAGGGCUCACCAGGUAAAGGACUUAUGUUCAAGAAACAAGGUCAUUUGCAAGUGGAGGUGUACACAGAUGCUGAUUGGGCAGGCAGUAUAGUUGAUAGACGAUCUACCUCAGGAUAUUGCACCUUCGUUGGAGGAAACUUAGUCACGUGGCGAAGCAAGAAACAAAAUGUAGUAGCAAGGAGUAGUGCAGAAGCCGAGUUCAGAGCACUCGCCUAUGGGAUUUGCGAAGCUAUAUGGUUAAAAAGACUCCUUGAAGAUUUGAAGGUUACUGUUUCCUCCAAUGAGAGUCUACUGUGA